UACGCGCUAGAAAAGUUUCGACUUAACUGCAGAGCAGGAAAACUAUUUCUGGAUCGAGGAGAUGUAGACUAUCUCGUGAGGAACAUUUCAGUGGACAAUGGAUAUAUGAGCGUAACCAACGAGCAGAACAAUUCAACUUCUAACGGCACAGAGAUCAUGGUAGUUGCUCGUACUAUGCAUGGCUCCUCGGAAGAUGACCCUCAGUUAGAUCUUUUUGAUUUAACUCAAGAAAAUGAUAUGAAGAUGUGGUGGGCUGUCGUGAGUUUUACUUGCCAGGAAGCUACGCAAGACAUCAAUAACAAUUCCUAUGCAUGCCGUAGUGUCCAUAGCGAAUGCAUCGAUGUCAAUGUAACACAUGGGACACAGCUUGGCUACCGUUGUAAGUGCUCUCCUGGCUUCGGAGGAAAUCCAUACAUCGAAGAUGGUUGCACGGGUAUGGCACUUGGAAUUAGUUGUGGUCUUGGCUUUGUAAUGCUUGCACUUGGUGCAACUAUACUUAUCACCAAGUGGAAGAGAGGUAUACAGAGGAGAAUUCGAAGGGCAUAUUUCAAGAAAAACCAAGGCCUACUCUUGGAACAACUAAUUAUAGAUGAAAAUACUAAAGACAAAACAAGGAUAUUCUCAUUGGAGGAACUAGAGAAGGCAACAUAUAACUUUGAUGCUACUCGAGUUCUUGGUCAUGGAGGACAUGGUACAGUUUAUAAAGGAAUUUUAUCCGAUCAACGUGUGGUGGCUGUUAAGAUGUCUAAAAUAGUGGAGCAAGCUGAGAUAGAUCAAUUUGUUAAUGAGGUUGCCAUCUUGUCGCAAAUCAUUCAUCGUAAUGUGGUGAAGCUUUUUGGUUGUUGUCUUGAAACAGAGGUACCUUUAUUGGUUUACGAGUUCAUAUCUAAUGGGACACUAUGUGAACUUCUUCACAAUGAUGUAAGUGCUAAAUGCCUUCUAUCAUGGGAUGAUCGUAUUAGGAUUGCAAUCGAAACUGCAGGAGCUCUUGCUUAUCUCCACUCGGCUGCUGCAAUACCAAUUUUUCAUAGAGAUGUUAAAUCUUCCAACAUACUCCUAGAUGACAACUUUACUGCAAAGGUUUCUGACUUUGGUGCUUCGAGAUCCAUACCACUCGAUCAAACUCAUGUGGUAACAAUGGUACAAGGCACAUUUGGUUACUUAGAUCCAGAGUACUACAACACUAGCCAACUAACGGGGAAAAGUGACGUGUAUAGUUUUGGAGUGAUACUUGUUGAGCUUCUGACAAGAAAGAAGCCAAUUUUAAUAAAUGAUGUAGGUACAAAACAAAACUUAUCACAAUGCUUCCUAGAAGGACUUCAGCAGGGAGUUCUGAUGGAAAUCUUGGAUUCCCAAGUUUUGGAAGAGGCUGGACAGGAAGAAAUUGAUGAUAUCGCUUCAAUUGCACAAGCAUGCUUGAAAGCUAAAGGAGGAGAGAGACCUACUAUGAAAGAAGUAGAAAUGAGAUUGCAGUUUCUUAGAACUACCAGACUAAAAAAGUGCCAACCCAUUUCUGUAAUGGAUGAAGAGAUUGAGCCUUUUAUUUGUCCAAAGACCAUUAGCUCUGAUGCUCAAAGCAGUUUCAUCCAUACUGCUGGUUUUACAUCAGAAUAUAGCACAAGAAGUUACAGGUUGGAGCAGGAACUCUCGUCCUCAGUUGGUUUGCCACGAUAA